CACGUGACCAACCCCGUUGCAUUUACCCAAAAAUCUCCUUCCCUGUUUAAGCAGGGGGCCUGUGAUCAUGGCGGAAACAUGUGGCCAAGUUCUUCUGGGUUCCGGGCUCACUGUUCUCUCACACCCGCUCAUGUACAUAAAGAUUCUGGUUCAGGUGGGACAUGAACCUCUUCCACCUACUCUUGGCUGGAACUUGUUUGGCAGACAGGUGCAUCAGCUUCCUGGACUUUUCGCUUAUGCCAAACACAUAAUAAAGAUUGAUGGGAAAGCCGGACUGUUUAAAGGUCUUGGCCCCAGACUGUGUGCAGGGACCAUCGGCACCAUCGUCCACGGUAAAGUGCUGCAGAAAUGCCAUGAGAACAAUCUGAAGGUCCUAAACAUUGGGCAGAAAAAAGAGGAGGGCUCUUUGCAGUACGUAGUGAAUGAGACAACAAAGGAGAUGAUCGCACGCUCAUGUGCUACAAUCGUCACGCAUCCAUUCCAUGUGAUCACCCUUAGAUGCAUGGUUCAAUUUAUCGGAAGAGAAACCAAGUACAGUGGUGUUUUUGACUCCAUUAUUACGAUCUACAAAGAAGAUGGAAUCCUUGGGUUUUUUGCUGGCCUCAUCCCACGUCUCCUCGGCGAUAUCUUCUCUCUGUGGAUCUGCAACAUGCUUGCUCACUUUAUCAACUCGUAUGCACUAGAUGACUCAAUGAGUCACACAAGUGAAUUAAAGAACUGCUCUCAGGCUGCCACUGGAUUUUUUGCCAGUAUGCUGACAUACCCUUUUGUGUUGGUCUCCAACAUGAUGGCGAUCAAUAACUGUGGGUUGGCAGGGGGUUUACCACCUUAUGCUGAAAGCUAUCACACCUGGAUUGACUGCUGGAGACACCUGAGCCAGGAGGGUAAUAUGAGCAGAGGCAACAGUUUAUUCUUCAGGAAGGUCCCGGCGGGGAAGUUGUACUCCGGUUUCCAGAAACGAUUUCUCUGAAUAAAUGAAAUGCCAACAGCAAACUCGAUAUACAUGAGAAGGAUUGUUUGUGGAAACUCCUAGUUUUUUGUAUGCACUUGUUUAUGAUGAUUUUUUUUUUUUUUUUUUUUAAUAAUUCGUCUGUCAGCUUCCAGAAAAAAGCUUCCCCAUAAAUUUCACUGCUUUGAUUUGGAAACAUUAUUUUGAUAUUUGUACCAGAAAUACUUUUAUUACUAGGGGUUUCUUUUUCAACAGCUUGGAGAUUAUGUAAUAUUUAAAUUAAUAUAAAUAAUUUUGCCCCUUUCCCUGCUUUUCCCCCUCUCUCAAAAAAUCAGCCCGUUCUAAUCAGGCCAUUUGUUUACGCGUCUCGUAAGAAUCCCUCUGCUCUCCAAACUCUCCAAGCACUUACCUGCAUCACUAACGUUCUCCUCCGAUACAGAUGAUCAUCUGUAGCUAUUGAAAUAAUGAGUUAUGUGGAAUGGUGGUGUGUGUGUCUUCUCACACAACCUGUAAUGUUCAGACGUGCCUGGUUCCUCCAUCCGGUCCAGAACGACACACAGGAAGCAUGGAGUGUGUACAGCCCAUUAGAGAGACGUGAUCCAUGUGAACGUUCUCUCACACACACACUUGGCCUCCUCAGAGGUAUUUAGACUGUAUGUUUGUAUAAGAGUCUCUACUGAUCCUAAUAAAUCCAGGUAUCAGUGUGCUUGGGGUUUUUUGUCCCGUUUUAUUUGGAUAUAACUGAAUAUUUUGCUAAAUGCAUCUGAAUAAAUCCCAUUAGACUUCAUUCUGAGAACUCAUUUACAGGAUUUCUGUCAGAUUUGUGUCAUUGUGCAGGAGCAUUAAAGUAACUUCAUUUUCCCCCGUGUAUUUUCUUCGUCAUAUCAGACUCGUAUGUGACUUAUUUCACUGUAAUACAGCCCACACCAGAUUUAAUGGCACCCUUGAUGGAAAAAUGAGCAAUAGGAAACAGCAUGAUCUGAUUUUUGAGGUUAAACACGUUUAUGUCACAUCAUUGGCUCUCAGCUGAUUUCUUACAUCGAUGUGAAAGAGUGAAAUGAUUGAACUAUAUUGCGGAUUUGUAAAGAAUAUGGGUCGAGUAUUUGGUUUGGAUGAUGUGGUGGGACUGAAAUUUAAAAAUGCAAUUCUGCUAAUGAAAAUAAACAGUAAUGUUGAUCCUCCAGGGCUGCUAGAACUUUUUUAUGGAAAUGACAUCAUAAUUACAUUACUAAUAAAAGAUUUGUGCUGUGA